GCUCGCUCAAUUUCAAUCGGAGGCUACCGACAUGAAGAGCGUGCCACCUAAAUUGUGCGACUUUCCGAAGAGCUUGGUCUUAUUGCACGUCCAUAUCCGAUAAUAUUCGCUUCAAUUCGCUCUUUUGAUACACUAUUGGUGUACUAACUCCCUUCAAAAAGACAGUUUUAUUAAUAAUAUCAAAUAUAUCUAGAUUCAUAAACCUCGCGACUCCGAAACGUGCCCAAUCGAAACUGAAUCAAAACCACGAACCUCGAGCGACAAGAUUGGGACUUUUGAGCGAACACUGUAAAAAUCGACAUUGACACAAUGAGUUACGGCCACCAGCUGAACGAAGCCCACCAUGGACUACCAUCAAUGCCGGCAGGCCAGCCACCACCUAGCAGGGAUGAUGGAAGAACUCCCUCAAGGUCCGGAUCUGUUAGCGUACUAGGGUCGCACUUCCGUCCAAUGCCGGACUUGGAGUCUUUAAUUCCCCAGCAUUUCAUUAGUAUGGAAGCAAAAAAUGACCAAGGCUUAUUCGAAACGGUCCUCGCGGCCAGUACUGGCCUCGAUUACUCCUACGCUAGUUCUAGCACUGUGGCUACCCUUGGACUUCGCAAGCUACCGCUAUCCCCAACCCACAACAGACGGCUCUUCCAUACACCUUUCGGUAUCAUUAUGCUGGAAGAUUUCGCCUCCUUCACAGUUCGAAUGCCUGAGGCUAACGUGCCUGAAAUGGACGUCAAUGUUGCCCAAGAUGCGGAAGUUAGGCCGCAUUCAGCGCCUACCAACAAUAUUCCUGAAAGAGAGCAGCUCAAAAUGGAUGAGGACGUACCCGCGCUUCCUCCUGAAAGAGUAGAAGUUCGGUCUCCAACGCGACAGUUCAUUAGCAGUGAAACCUUUGCGGCGAUUCGGAAUUCAAUCAAUCACGGACCUGCCGGCCGCCAGGUGGGUCGGCCAGUUACCGAUGCGGACCUCAGUCUCCGAGCCACCGAGUUGACGUUAGUGGAGCCAGCCGCCGGCCGUUCCCGAUCCACUAGCGGACUAGGUGCAACGCCAAUCUUCACAACCGGUGGCAACACUGGGUCGUCUCCCCCUUCUACCUUUGGACUGGACCGGUCCCGAGAUUCAUACAACUCCUCGCAAUGUGAACAUCUGGCCCCCAUCAACGACUCCCUUGGUGUCCUCGAGCCAGGAACCUCGCCUGGCGAAGGAGACGACGAGCGAAUGAGCAAGGCAGCUCUUAAUGCCUGGAAUGGUGUCGUCUAUGCGGGCAAGUUAGAUUGAGGGAGGUGAUCUCGGCAGUGACACGUUGGAGAGGGUUUUGGGCUUAUUAGUAGCAAAGGGCAAAUUGGACCAGUGCACGCUUGUUUAGUUACAUCUUGAAGAUAAGGUAUCCGCAACUGUUAAAGCUAAGGACACUGUCAAUACAAAGCGUGUCUUCCCCGAGAACAGUUACCCGGUUGAGAUAAGAACCAGGGUAGGAUUGAAGCCACUUGGCCAAGUGGCCUUCGGAAGGUAUGUUUUCUAUGCCCACAACUCUUACUAAAGGCCAAAGAGGCAUGGGAAAUAAUGUUAGCGAAAGAGAAGAGGACCUUCCGCAAGUGCCUAUUCCAUCGUUUCCAUCUCAGUCUCCGUCUAGAACUACCUCCAGCGUCAGCCCUCAGUCCAUGUUGCGCCACUUCGUCG